UGGAAUAUAAAAAAAUAAAACACUUUUUGCGUGGAUUAAUUUAAUUGACACAUUGCAUCUUGAAAAUGACAGCUGAGGUAGAACAACCCUGUUACGUUAUUAUAAACUCUCCAACUGAUUCAGACACGCCGAAAGAGUCACAAUUAAAACAUGAUAUAGAAAAUGGUAAUUUAAAGGCCAAAACUGAGGCGUUGAAAAAAUUGAUAUUUGCUCUUUUAAAUGGGGAAAAGCUGCCCCCAUCUAUGUUGAUAUUGGUCAUUAGAUAUUUGCUUCCACAGCAAGAUCAUCAGGUCAAAAAAUUAUUAUUAAUAUUUUGGGAAAUAGUUCCCAAAAGAAAUGCCACUGGUAAAUUGUUACCUGAGAUGAUUUUAGUCUGUGAUGCCUACAGAAAAGAUUUACAACAUCCAAAUGAAUUUAUAAGGGGUUCAACACUGAGAUUUUUGUGUAAAUUAAAAGAAUAUGAACUGCUGGAACCAUUAAUGCCUUCUAUCAGAGCUUGCUUGGAACAUAAACAUUCUUAUGUCAGAAGGAAUGCUGUAUUGGCCAUUUAUACUAUAUACAGGAAUUUUGAGUUUUUGAUACCUGAUGCACCAGAAUUGAUUGGAAAUUUUUUGGAAAUUGAACAAGAUGCUUCAUGUAAAAGGAACGCUUUCAUAAUGCUAAUACAUGCUGAUCAAGAAAAGGCUCUGAAUUACUUACACAGCUGCAUAGACCAGGUGCAAAAUUUCAAUGAAAUUUUACAAUUAGUCAUUGUGGAAUUGAUUUACAAGGUGUGCCGUUCCAACCCAUCCGAAAGAUCCAGGUUUAUCAGGUGCGUGUACAAUCUGAUAAAUUCUUGCAAUAACGCGGUCAAAUAUGAGGCAGCCGGAACCCUUAUGUCUAUAUCCUCUGCUCCCACUGCUAUUAAAGCUGCCACUACCUGUUACAUAGAUUUGAUAGUUAAGGAAAACGAUAAUAACGUAAAACUUAUCGUGUUGGGAAAGUUAUUGGAACUCAAGGAUCAAAAUGCGAACAACGAAAGAGUCCUCGAGGAUAUGAUGAUGGAUAUUUUGCGAUUGUUGAAUUCGAGCGAUUUGGAGGUCAAGAGUAAAACUUUGGAAUUGGCCUUGGAACUUGUAUCCUCAAGGAAUGUUCGCGAUCUUAUAGCGGUUCUCAAAAAGGAGAUUAUUAAAAUAAAGGAUGCCUCCGACAUGCAGCAAAAUAUUACCACUAGUAGCCCCACGACUACUGCCAGUGACCACGGCUCCAAGCUAGCUUCGGAUUCUAAACCUACCAGCGUGACCACGGUAAACGAAAGUAACCCCAACGAGGAUUCUAACAAAUACAAGACGAUGCUGAUCAGAACGCUUAGAAAUUGCCUGUUUCCCAAAUACCCCGAUAUUUUGGGACAAAUUUUUCCGACCCUUAUAGAAUGCUUUCUGGUGAACGAGAAUAAUUCUAAUAAUUCGGAAUCACCGGCUUCCCAAGUUUUAUCUCUUUUGCGGGAAUCUGUUCAAACUUUUCCUCAGAUGACGGAAGGUAUAGUAAUGAAGCUUUUGGAAAUAUUCGCUACCCUAAAAUGUCCCUACGUGUUUAGAGGAACGAUUUGGUUGCUAGGAGAAUAUUCGUACGGAAAUUCGCAGUUAGAAGCUGUUUUAGACGUAGUGACAAAAUCCUUGGGGAAAAUUCCAUUGGUUCCGGACCAGAAUCAACUUGUUUCCGAAGAAGGAGAGAAUACAAACGUCGAUGUAACUGCUGCUACGGAUAAAAACAUCGUUGAAAUUAAGUCCAAUAAGCCCGUUAUAACGCCUGAUGGAACUUACGCCACUCAAAGCCCAUUGGAAAAAUCCAAUAAAGCAACUAAAACCGAUAAUGAGAUCCCCCCUUUGAAAAAAUUUGCUUCAAAUGGAGAAUUUUUCGUAGCUUCCAGUUUGGCUAACGAUCUUACCAAAAUCGCUUUCAAAUACAUGGAAGCCAACAAAGGAAACGAUGCUAAGAUUAAUUCCUUCUUUGCUCGUACGAUGCUAAUAUUGGCUUCGAUAUUGCGAUACGGAAAAUCCAGUUUACCCAAAAAGCGCAUCACUUCGGAUGAUACGGAUCGAAUAAUGCUGUGUUUAAAGGUUCUUUCGAGCUCUCUAUCCUCCAAAAAUGGCGACGGAAACUCCGUUUUAUUGGAUAUCUUUUCGAGAUUUUGUCGCGACUCUCUCAAUAAGAUUGUUAAGGUCGAGGCUAACACGUUGGCUCAACAAGCCAACCGAAAUAAAGGAAUAAAAAGCUCAGAGGUUCAACCGGACUCCGAAAUCAUUUUUAUGCCUCUGAUCAAACAUGGCGAUCUGGAUGGACAAGAGGACCAAUUCGAAUCCAGUCUAUUGAAAGCUAUAGGGGACACUGGGAUAGAUGGCACCAGCCACAAAGAAAUGCAAAAUAUUAUCAAUUCAUCUCGGCUUAAUAAAGUUACUCAACUCACUGGUUUUUCAGAUCCAGUUUACGCCGAAGCUUAUGUGGACGUUACUGGUAGGGAUAUAAGGCUGGACGUGCUUAUAGUUAAUCAAACCCCCGAUACUUUGCAAAGACUAGAAUUGGAAUUAGCUACUCUAGGCGAUUUGAAACUGGUGGAUAAGCCCGCUCCCCUCAAUUUGCCCCCCAACGAUUUUUGUAACAUCAAGGCUUCUGUCAAGGUCUCCUCUACCGAAAAUGGAAUCAUAUUCGGAAAUAUAGUUUAUGAGGUCAGUAGCAGUGGUGCUCAGGAUAGAAACGCCGUCAUCCUUGAGGAGAUACGGGUGGAUGUCACCGAUUAUGUCAUCGCAUCACGUGAUGGUAGUGACGACAGUGCUCUCACCGAUUCCUCCUUCAGGCGAAUGUGGUCCGAGUUCGAAUGGGAAAACAAGGUUUGCGUGAAUCGCGUGGUUACAUCUCGUCGAAGCGUCAAGCAGGAUAGCGGUGCCCAUGUUACAAAAGCGCGGGAAUUCCAAUCAACCGAAAAUGAGAUCGAAGAGCCGGGAGAAAUCGAAGGAACAUUGGAAGAAGAAAAGGAUGAAUUGGUCGAUUUUUUAGAAUUUUUGAUAGCUGGUACCGGUAUGAGAAGCCUCACCCCACAUCAGGCACUAAAGGGGGAUUGUGGUUUCCUGGCCGCUAACCUUUACGCAAAAUCCAUUUUUGGCGAAGACGCUUUGGCCAACGUGUGCCUCGAAAAAACUAUAAGCGAUAUAAAAACUUCGUCUAAGUUUGAAGAAGAUAAGGUUGAAGGCGAUAUGGAAGAUAAAGAAAUUGCACCUCCAGUUCGGUCUGUCACUAUCUUGGGGCACGUCAGAAUUAGAGCCAAAACUCAAGGCAUGGCACUCAGUUUGGGUGACAAAAUUAACCAGUUACAGAAGAACAGAAAAUAAAAUAUUUAAUGGGUUUUUUUUCUUACUUAUUUUAUUUAUAAUUAUGACCUAUUUUUUACGUGUAACUUUAAUUUCAUUACCUUUUAUAAAUUUAUACAAAAUAUAUUUAACUGAAAUAAGAUCAUUAUAAUAUAU